AGCUCGCGUCCGUAGGAGCCACCACCUCAUCCUGAGGCCCACCCUACACGUGUCCCCUGGGUGGUGCUAAACGAGCAGCCAAGCUACGGGCCUCGCCUGUAGGAGGAGUAAACCUCAACGCUCAAAAAUCCCUGCCCAGUGAUCACUCCCAACACUGGCCAGGAUCCAAAACCUUGCUCCCAUGAUCCACUCUAUUUCCCAAACACCUAAAACCUUAUUCCUCGUACCACUCUAUCCCCAUCACAAGCAAACACUCACUCAACACAAUCACACACAAACACCUCACAAACAACACAAAUCGUAGAAAACCAUGGAAGCGGAUCCGAAAGAUACACUACCCCAGGAGGGUACCGGACCCAGAGAUGGGACCGGAGAAUCCCUCUCUGCAACUCGAGCUCCUGUCGCGGACGGAACUCGGGCUGCAGGCUGCCCCUCGUAUUCUGGGGGGGGCACAGACCCGCCCUGUGCUAUGCACAACAUCAAACGACCAAACGCUUUCCCAUUACGGACAACGACCCCACACGACACAAGACAGACCCCCAGCCAUGUCAACCGGACCCCGAUACCCGCGCCCACCCGAACCACCCAACCGACCGCUUCCAAAGAGAUCAAUAUGGCCUCUCUUGCUGCUGCGAUACCUCAUCCACCUGCUCCCGAGAGCGUUUGGACAGAGGUAGUCCGCAGACAAAAGCGAAAGAGGCCUAAGAAAAAGAAAACAGACAGACGGACUGACACACCCCAAACCCAAACCACGCAGACUGACGAGCAGACGAUGGAACCCGGUAGGAACACGCACGCGGAAGUCCAUCACCAGACUAGAGGCUUGUACGGACAAAGUGGGGAAGGGAGACAGCCACAUCAAGGCCGUCAACCACCCGCGGCGACUGUCGUCUCUGGACAGGGCACGGACGCAUCUGCGGGCGUGUCCCGACCGGAAUCCAAUCGUGACUUGCCCCAAAAACCAACAUCGACCAACACUCCUGCUCAACGCCGGACACACCCUGUCGCCCACCGGUCGAAUGCGUACUGGAGAGGGCGGAGCAGUGGUGAGACCGGUGACAUGAGUGGGAACCCCGGAACGUCAACAAGCCAGUCCCUGAAAAGGGAUAGGCUUGACGACACCAUCUCGCCCCGGGGAGAAUACAAAAGACCACGGACAGACAGACAAACGCGCACAAGGGACUCUUACGCGAGAGUGACCCAACCACACCUAAGUGUGGCCGUCACCCUAGUGCCCAGAAGCGACAUGACCCAACCAGAGGCAAAUAGCGUCCAGGGUCAAAUCCAAAAAGAGAUCCUCGCUAUCUGCCUCAGAAAACCAGCGCCAGGAACGACACCAUAUGCCCCAUCCUUUGUAGGGAAAGCUUUUCUCAACGAAGGAGUGCUGAAACUGUGGUGUUACGACGACAAAGCCCUCUCUUGGCUCCAAGAAAUCGUACCUCGAUUGAAGUCGCCAAGGGAGGGCACGGGGCUCACGCUCAUAAGGCAGGCCGACAUACCAGUGCGGAUUAGGUCAGCACUAUACGUGCCUGACUUCACGGAGGAGAUAGCAAUACUCCAACAAAUGCUGUCCCUCCAAAACCCCUGGUACAAGGUCUCGUCGUGGACCCUGUACACAUAUAAAAGAACAAACAGCAACCCUCCGGGAGUGUUUCUAGUCCUAGGAAUACCCACGGAGCAGGUCGAAGACAUCCUGGCCAAGGGAAGGAGAGUCUCUUACUCCACCGGAUCUAUCUAUAUCCGGUUCUUCGACGGCGAAGGACUCAGCGACGUACCGCCUAAGAAGACCCCGGAGCCAGAAACGAAAAAUGACACAGCGACAACAAACCUCAAAGCCACUGCGCCCGGACCCUCCGUUGAAAACGCCUCCGAGGAUAUCGACGCGAUAGAAAUGGAGACCGGGACAAACCACCCAUCAAACAUGACACCAUGGGAGGGGGUGGCCGAGACUGAGACUGACGAUGACGAGAACGCAAACGAGGCGAGGAUACAAGAGUUGCUAAAAGGAUGGGCCCCUGAGGCCGACCUUUAAACAACAACUCCAAUCCAUUAUAAUACACCACGUACGACAACAUAAAGAUAAUACAAACCAACCUCCAGCACAAACAACUAGCAACGGCCACACUACGAGGACAGCUGGAGGUUGAGACCGAUACCAUCGCCCUAAUCCAAGAGCCGUGGGUAAGGGCCCAAAACAUAUGCGGUUUCGGCAGCUGUAAUGAGAUCUAACGGCAGUAAGAAUACAGAACGGAACAAAACAAGGGACAGUUGCAGCGGCCAGACCACUUGUCCUGGCUUCGCUGUACCUACCCAUAGAAGGCGAAAUACCUACAAAAGAGGUGAUGGACCUUAUAAAACAAUGUGAAGAAGACGACACCGAUCUGAUUAUCUCGGUCGACAGCAACGCACACCACAUCCUAUGGGGAAGUAAAACAAACAACAAAAGAGGUGAGCAACUAGUUUCAUACUUGCUAACCACUAACCUAAACAUUCUUAACAAAGGUUCAGAACCGACUUUUGUUUCAAGUAGAUACCAGACGAUUAUUGAUCUUACUCUAGCGUCAAACAACAUAUCAGACCAAAUAAAAAACUGGCACGUGUGCGAAGAGCUCACACUCUCCGACCAUAGGCGAAUAAGUUUUGAACUGGAUCUGAUUAAACCGCAAGAAACUCCUGGAAGAAAUCCCAGAAAAACAAACAGAGAGAAAUACAAAACUCUUAUAAAGGGAGACACAAUGUACAACAACAAACCCAAAAUAAAGGGAACGAUGCAAAUAGACCAAAAUGUAGAACAAAUAACAAAACACAUAACAACAUGCUACGAAAAAGCAUGCCCACUAAGAAUACAAAAAACAAAACAUGCACCAAAACACAGUUGGUGGGGCCCCGACCUGGAGAGAAAAAGACAAAGGUUAAGGCACCUUUUCAACAGAGCAAAGAACACCAGGAAAGACGCAGAUUGGGACAAGUUCAAAGAGGCUCAAUCUCAAUACAAAAAACUUGUGCAACAGAAAACUGUCAAAUCCUGGCAACAUUUCUGCACGAGCAUAGAAAACUACGAUAAUGCAAACCGCAUAAGGAAAAUCCUGUCAAGGGACAAUAUCCGCACCAUCGGAUCUUUAAAGAAACAAGACGGGAACUACACUAAAAACGACAAAGAAGUGAGUGAGACACUUAUCGAAACCCACUUCCCAGGCUGUAAGAUUGUCGACAAACCAGUGUGGGAAGAAAACAACACGACACCAACAAAAGCAGACUGGGAAAUAGCAAACAACAUUGUGACAUAUGAAAGGGUCCGUUGGGCUAUCGAAUCCUUUCACCCUUUCAAAUCUGCAGGUACAGAUCACAUUUUCCCCGCCCUCCUACAAUGGGGCAAAGAACAACUCAUACCAUGGCUAGCAGAAAUCUUUAGAGCAUGCUUAGCACAUAGAUACAUACCGCUAACAUGGAGGGAGGUAAAAGUAGUAUUCUUACCCAAACCAGGUAAAAGCGACUACACACAACCCAAAUCAUUCAGACCUAUUAGCCUAACAUCUUUUCUACUAAAAACCCUAGAAAGACUCGGAGAUAGAUACCUCCGGGACGGAACCCUGAAGCACAUAC